AUGGUCACUUCUGAAAGGUCAGAACUGGGUGAACAUAUCGAAAUGCAAGAUCUAUUCCUGGUGAAUAGCAGAGAUGGCCAAAAUCAUCAUAAAUUGGACACAUAUCAUACUAUAUCGUUGAUCAUCAACAGAAUUAUUGGUACUGGUAUAUUUAGUACGCCUGCAUUGAUUUUCACACUUUGUCAGCAAUCGAUCGGUAUAUCGAUUGUUCUAUGGAUGCUUGGUGGUAUCUUCACAUUUGCCGGCUUAAGUGUCUAUUUAGAAUUUGGAUUAAAGAUACCGAAAUCAGGUGGUGAAAAGAACUAUUUGAGCAGGACUCUACCUACACCUAAGCAUCUAAUCGAAUGUGUGUAUGCAUUCACAAUUGUCCUAUUGGGUUUCAGCUCUGGUAAUUCAUAUGCAUUCGGGAAGUAUAUCAUAUACGUUCUCGGCCUUAAUUCACAACUCUCGGAUUCCAUAAUUGAUAAAUUAUCUCGUUACAUUGGUUCUGCAGUAGUGAUAAGUUGUACUUUGUGGCACAUAUACUUUCCAACAGGUGCGAAGAAAAGCAUUCUAUAUCUUGGGUUCGUUAAAGUCCUUAUUCUUGCAAGCAUUGUGUUAUUAGGCUUGGUUGCAAUAAUCGCCCCAAGUGUAAUUGAACCCCAUUGGGACAAUUUCGAAAACUCUUUCAGUCACGGCUCUCAGUCAAUUGACUGGUAUUCAAUUUCGGUAGCCUUAUUACAGGUUAUUUACUCUUUUAAAGGAUGGGAAAAUGCUAAUUAUGUAUUAGAAGAACUCGAGGAUCCUCAUAAAACUCUAAUGAUUGCAGCACCAGUAUCGGUUGGUCUUACAACUUUCCUAUAUAUUGCAAUAGUGAUCUCGUACUACAUUGUAAUCCCCAAAGAUGAAAUAUCAAAUACGGGUAUCCUCAUAAGUGGUGUUUUCUUUGAGAAAAUUUUUGAGAAAUACUCAAAAUCUUUGGCGGCACAGAUUGUUUCACGCUUUUUACCCUUCUGCAUAACACUUUCAAAUUAUGGUAACGUUAUGGCCGUUAGUUUCUCAAAUGCCAGAGUAAACCAAGAACUUGCUAAAGAAGGAAUUUUCCCCUUUACGCAUAUUUUCAGUAAAUUAAACUACGCUCUAUUUUUACACUGCUUUGUCACUAUUUUGGUCCUCAUAAUUCCACCAAAUGGUAACGUUUAUCAAUUAAUUAUUGAUCUUUACGCGUAUCCAAGUGGUUGGUUCAAUCUAAUUAUCGGAGUUGGGUUGGUAUAUAUGCAUUGGACAAAUAAUGACAAUUGGAAUGAUAUCCCGACACCAUGGACAAGUUGGUAUGUAUUGACGGGAAUAUUUAUUGUCUCUAAUCUUUUCUUGGCUGUCGUUCCAUUCGUACCGCCAAAUGGAAGUGUGGAAAAUGACGGCUAUGCAUAUUGGGUUUUCCCAGUUAGUGGAAUAGCAGUUAUGGCGGUUGGUGCUGUCUACUGGUAUUUCUUUGUGAAAAAGAAUUAUUCAGAGUAUACUGUAGCUUUAAACUCUGAAGAUUAUGAAGUCUAUAAUGAAUAA